AUGUACAAUGAACAGAACGUGUGUCUCCUGCGUCUCCCGCCGGACUGCUGGGACAUGACCACAAAGUACCUGUCCUACAUGGACGUCGUUGCCCUAGGCCAAGCCUGCCGCUCCCUGUGGGCUGUGCUGCACAAGCUCGAAAGCGUAUGGCUCCGGCAACUCAGCUACUUCUACCACGACGUGCGCAGCCUUCGAGGCGGAAAGCUUCUCUGCACCGCCCCGCUCUUUCCCGAGCUGCCGUACAGUCACGGCAUGAAUCGCCAAGGAAGCAGGGGUACGCUGACAGGACUAGCAACGGGGCAAGAGUGGUCGCGCAAGGCGUCGCGGCAGUCGCACAUAUCGGCCUAUGAGAGGUUCUUUCAGGAGCGACGUGUGUACGUGCUGGACUCGCAUCGCGAAUGGCAUUUCCAGGAGCUGGCAGACGUGGCGGACAAGCCCACCGGCAUGUUCACUGUGGCGCUGCACGACGGUCAUGUCGAGGCUGUGGCAACGGCCGUCUCGCCACCGCCGCCGCUGCUGCCAUCACCCACCUCCACCUCAGCCUCUAUCACCACAUCACCGAUCUUCGAGAGUACCGUCGGUGGCAUGCAUGAGUGGCUUUCUCCAGCCCCCUUGCCACCGGCGUCUUUCGCAGCAUCACCCACGCCCACGCCGCCGCACCAUCGCACCACGUCCACGCAGAUAAAUGGGAUGUCGGCUGGCAGCAGUCCGGCGCUCGCGCCAGUCGCUGCACCGCCUACCCCGCCGCUGCUACCACGCGUCGGUGAGCCUAUCAUCAAUGACCACAACCCCCUCCUGCGCCUGCGCGUGUAUACGAUAGAACCAGUGAGGGCGGAGAGGAGCAGAGACAACGGCGCCGCAGAAGUGGCAGCCGAAGCAAGUAAAAGUGAUGACGAGAACCACCGCAGUGGCGCCUCGCCAGCCUCGAACAUAGCGGCCACUCUUGCCGGGAUGACGGAGGAGCAGGUGAUUGAGUAUGUGAUGCGGCUAUCACUCGAGGAAACGCAGCAAGCUGCUGCACAACCUUCGCCGGCGCCGCCAGCUGGCGAGACACCAUCCAACGUGAAUCCCGCGGCAGCGGAUAUGCCAGAAUCUGUCAAACAGCAGCAGCGGGAGCUGUAUCAGCAUCGCCACUACCGCGGCGCCAAUCCAGCGGCAUCUCUGCCGCUCAGCGAACUUCUCGCCGUCCUCGACGCGUUCACAAACAAUGCACACGAUCAGCUGCAGUACUACCGCGUGCGGGACUGCACAAAGGAGGAGGAUCCGGCGUUUCUACAACGUCUUUCCGAGACGCUUCGUAGCGCAAAGCAUCGGCGGCUGCACCUCGGUAAUCAUCACCGCGCCGUGCGCAACAAUGGGCAGACGACGCGCAACCGGGCGGGGCGGUCAGCCGGGGCAAGCUUGGCUGAUGGGUCGUCAGUCAGUCUCUCUGCCUCCACCGCCGCUGGCACCGCCACACCGCCGCAGCAGCCGCCUCCGAUGAACCGCAUGCUGCGCGGCUUUCACGGUGAUCUCUUGGAGAUCACCGAACGAGAAGCACAGCUGGUAGCUGGUACGCUGCUCGGCAUGCCUCGCGUGAUUAACGAGUUUGUGGCCUUCCGGUGCUACGACCCGGCGCUGCUGUACCGCAGGUUGCACCCUUCGAACACGGCUAUCGAUAGGACCGACACCCAAGGCACACCUCGAGAAGCGCUGAAAGCGACGCCACCUCUCAAGGAUAGGUUCGUGCUAUCGGACGCUAUGUCACCCAUCGACAGGCAGACCACAGAAGCCGGAAGCAGCGGAGUUACCCACCAGCUCACCGAGACACCCGCCGCUCAUGUGGUGGCGACAACGCGGACACCACCGCUGAAGCCGCUCCCGUUCUUUACGCGCUUCUUCCUCGCCCCGGAGUUGUGUCACGACGGUUACGUUGCCCUCUUUGUUGUGGAUGUAGUUCGUGCGCUUGUCAUAGUGGAGAAGGAGGUCGUCACUACCGACAAUCCAGACUGGGCCUCGCCCUUGAUUGCGCGGGGUGGCCGCGUGGUGGUGCACGGUCAGGGGUACAACGCACAGGUCUACAUACGCGAUGAGUACAACUAUGUGCCAUUAAACCCCACACGACGACAGCGAGGCUCGGACUCCAGCGGAUGA